GUUAUCGCGAUACCCGUUACUUGAAUCCGAGUUCAGUCUCGUUGUGCGUAUUAAAGUAAUUAGUCGGUACAUCGCGCCGCUCCGACGAAAAUGCGACCUCGAGCGUCGUGGAAAGAGCUCGAUUGCAUUUUCGCAUUGUUGAAAUGGAUCCUCCUCCUAGUCUGUCUUCUCUCGUUAACAACACCGCGUGGGAUUAUCGCGCAGAACGAAAGCGAGACGUUCGAGAGUGCAUUCGGAUUGAAUUUACCAGAGUCCAAUGAGAACGAAAGUACGGUGGGGAACGUCGUUUUGCCGCCGCAAACGAAGGAGGCUCCCUCCGAGGUCGAGGAUCUCGAGGUGGAGGAGAACGAAGAUUUAGCCCCCGUCGAGAAGAAAGACGACGUGGAAAGUCCGGUGCAAAUUUUGCCGGAGGUCGAAAAUGCUUUCGUAGCGAAACCGGACGAGACCGGGGCGGAUUUGCCCACCGUUCAAAAAGCUUCCGGCAGAAUGGCGAACGAAAAGAAUGGGAAAUACGUGAGAUACGAUUCGAACUUACCUGAAGCUGAUAGGUACGCGCCUCGCCCGGAUGACAAUCCACCUUUUUAUAAAAUAACAGACGACAGAUUGAAAGAGAUUCGAUCUAAGUUCAUGUAUUGGUAUUUCGACAAAGGUGGCAGCGAUGAUAAGGGCGAUUACCAGUCGGCUUUGCAGGCGACAAAUUUGCAGAUCCAUAAGAACUUGAACUUUCAAUUGCCUUUCUUCGGCUUUAGAUUUAACUACACGAGAUUAACUGUUAAUGGGUACUUGGAGUUUAGCGAUCCGCCGGAGCACCUUACGUACCCUCUUGUCUUCCCGAUUAAAGACUGGCCUAAAAAGAAUGACCCAGCCUUCAUCGGCAUUUUCUUCAGUAAAUGUCGCAUUGGAUUGCGAAGGGAAAAUGAUAUCGAUCGUAGAAAACCGGGGGUGUACUUCAGGCUCGAGAGGGAUUUGCAAGGGAGAACCGAUCAGUUCGGCGUGGAGAUGCGAGAGCGUGUCAUGUGGGACAUCCGCCAGGGUAUCGUUGGCGCUGAUUCAUUCAUACCCAAGCACGCUCUUAUCGCAACGUGGAAGAAUAUGUCUUUCACGGGCGGUAUCGAUCUGUCUCUUCACACAACUAACACGUUCCAACUGGUUUUGGCUACCGACGAGGUCUUCACUUACGCUAUUUUCAAUUACUUAAAUUUACGAUGGACGAGUCAUACCGAAGCUGGUGGUGAUACAACGCAAGGCGAGAAUGGAGUUCCUGCAUAUGUGGGAUUUAAUGCUGGAAACGGUACUCAGAGCUACGAGUAUAAGCCUUACUCUCAGGCGACCACGAUCCGCGACUUAACGAGCAGAGGGUGGGCGAACGGUUUCCCAGGACGGCACAUUUUCAGGAUAGACGAAAAAAUAAUGCUGGGCACCUGUAAUAAAGACAUUGCUGGAGCUCAUCUGCCGUUGGUUUUCGCUCCGGAGUCCGGCAACAUGUUAGGAGGCACCGUCGUCAACAUCACCGGACCGUGCUUCAACGAGAGUCAAAAGAUCAAGUGCCGUUUCGAGAAUGAGGUAGUGAUGGGUACGGUAGUAGACAGAAAUCGCGCGAUUUGCGUACAGCCAUUCUUGAAGUACGAGGGCUACGUACGUUUCUACAUCGCCAUCGAUAGUGGCACUUACGACUGGAAAGGAAAAUAUUUUGUCGAAACCCCAGCGACGGCGACGGAGAGGAUUUUCUUUACCGAUAAAGAGGCUGUUCAUUUGAGAGACCCCGCGGAAAUAAAAAUCACAUGGAACUCGUAUAAUUUAACUACCAACAUAGGAGCGGGGAUCCAGAUAUCUCUAUGGGGGUAUAGGGAGACCAAGACGAGACCUGAGUUUGAAUUCAUAACGGUGUUGGAGAAAUCGCAUACCAAUGUUGGUAAUUACGUCAUUAAACCAGCCAAAUACCGGGACGCGUACAAUCCAUAUCACACGGACAUGGUGUUUGGCUUCAUUCAAAUAAAUUUGACCGAACCGCACUUGUAUUCCGGACUGUCGAUAACACCGAGCCUGUGGAGCAGACCGAUUCCGCUCGGUUGGUACUUCGCUCCUCAAUGGGAACGGCUAUACGGGUCGAAGUGGUCUCAUAAAAUCUGCGACAAGUGGAUUAUGCAUGACCGGUAUCUCAAAAACUUCGCCGCCGAAGUGGCGCUUUGCCCUUGCAUCCUGGAUCAUGCUUUGUACGACAAAGGUCGCUUCCUUCCGGAUUACAACUGCGACAAGGACUCGAAUAUAGAUUGCUAUUACAAUCAGCAUGCGUCUCACUGCGUGAGGACGGGUGCGCCCAACCUGGACGGUUCGGAGCAACAGUGCUGUUACGACAGAAACGGUUUCCUGAUGCUGUCUUACGACCAGCAAUGGGGAUCGCGACCGCAUCGAUCUCACAAUUUGGGCUUCUUUCCGUGGAACGAGGCUAACAAAGUCCCGACUCUCUCGCAUUGGUGGCACGACGUGGUGCCUAUGUACGCGUGUUGUCUCUGGCAGGAAGAGCAGGCCGUCGGUUGCGAGACGUUCCGAUUCGAAAGAAGACCGUCGCAGGAUUGCAUCGCCUAUCAAUCGCCCGGAGUGGCAGCGGUAUUUGGCGAUCCUCACUUCGUCACGUUCGACGGCGUGGAGUACACCUUCAACGGCAAGGGCGAGUUUGUUCUGGUACGAGUGGAUGAUAUCAGGGACAAACUCGACGUGCAAGGUAGAUUCGAGCAAAUGCCACCCAACAUCCACGGUCCAGUGAUGGCGACGCAUCUUACUUCAGUAGCAGUGAGGGGUAAUAAUUCCGCUACCAUUGAAGUUCGUUUGAGACCAAGAUACGCGCAGUGGCGAUAUCGGCUCGACGUCUUCGCGGAUGGCCAAAGAAUAUACUUCGACAGACAAUCCUUAAAAUUCCAACACUUCCCCGGAGUCGUCGUUUACACCCCCACGUAUAUUUUAAAUCAGAGCGAGGUCAUUGUUAUGCUCGACACCGGUGCUGGCGUAGAAAUCGUGGAGAACGAGGGGUUCUUAACCGCUCGAACGUAUCUGCCGUGGACGUAUCUGAACAAAACCAAGGGUCUCUUCGGUAUUUGGAAUUUCGAUCCCACAGACGAUAUGACGAGCCCGGCGGGAUAUCAAGUCCCAAUCACUAGUGUGAAUCAUUCAGAGACUAUUCACAAAGACUUCGCGCUACAUUGGAUGUUAGAAGAUAAGGAGAACAAACUGUUGGGGGCGGCCUUAUUCCAUCGGGAGUUCGGUAGAACGGCGAGCUAUUAUGCUAAUCGCACGUUCGAGCCGGAAUAUCGAAAAUAUCCGUCAGAGAUACUCCCAUCGAAUAGGUCGUACGACAUAAACCGCGCGAUAGAUCUGUGCGGCGAUUCGUAUCAAUGUCAAUACGAUUACGUUAUGACAUUGAAUCGAGAUUUAGCGCAUUUUACCCGAAAUUACUACGAUACCUACACCCAAAUUCGAGCGUUGAACAAAAAAGAAAUUGUAUCCUGCGGUAUACUGGAAACACCACGGUUCGGACGUAAGAGCAAUUUCCUAUUUGUCCCGGGGACGAAGGUGAGCUUCGAGUGCAACCAGGAUUUCAUAUUAAUUGGGGAUCAACGGCGGGUGUGCACACCGGAAGGGCUGUGGAACACUCCGGAAUACGGAUACACGGAAUGCCUCCGUCACAUCGAGUACGUACAGCGUACGGCGUGGACCGUAAUGGGCAUUAUUUUCGCCGUUUUAAUACCCGUGGUGGUCUGCAUCGCCUGCGGCUUUAUUUAUAUGAAAAGGAACCAUUCGGGGGGUGGUUCGAUGAAAUCUUGGCGUUACUCCGAGCGCGAUUCUGGUAUCGACAAUGAAUCCACGUUGAGGCCGUUAAAGUACGACGAUAGGGCCAUUACUCCAAUUAGCGACACUAGCACAAUUGAAACUAAUAGCGGCACUAGGAAGCGCCGUACUUACGACCGAGUGUACCGCACCCACGAACCCCUACCCAAUAGGCCGGACAUUGACUUCGAGGAUAAAGAAUGGGAUCUGAAGGACCCCACAUUCUCGCCCACGGGGUCGGAUUCGGGCACGGACUCGAUUAGAAAAGCAGGCAGCCCUUCAAAAGAGAGCGACGUUUAGAUUAUGAUAUUCAUCUCUCAGUAGUGCAUAGAAACGAUAUUCUCAAGCGAAAUUACUUAAUUUGCACACGCAUCAUUUUGAGUCAGUAUAUAUAAUAUGUGUGUGUAUGACCAUGACAAUAUACCUUGAUUCCAGUUUCAAUUAAUACAUCUUGCGCACACGUAAAAUUAAUAAAAUCUCGAUCACAAAAUUAAUUUGACACGCGACCUGAUUAAAAUCUAGCGUGAAAACAGCAGCUGCUGAUAAUUUUCUUUUGUUAAGAGGCUGUACAUGAUAUUCUAAACUCCAUUAUCAUUCCCGUUCGGUGCCGUUUUAGUGUGUUUUGUGUAGAUAAUAGAGAUACUAUAUAUAUGUUCUUGCUGUGGAAUAGAAAUAGUUACAGUAUUAAUUGUAUUCAGAGUAUACAUAUUAUCUCAUUUAUAUGUAUAUAUAAUAUAUAAUGAUAACCUAUUAAUUAAUAUAAUAGAUCAAACAUUACGUGGCUCUAAGCAAGGUUAAAUGCAAUAGCAACUAUUUAAUUGUACCAUCGGUUUAUAUAAUUGCAACGAUAGUACUUAUAUAUGUACAAAUAUUAUCGUUGCGAUUACAUAAACCGAUGUAAGUGUAUUAUGGCAAUUUAAUCACAUCACAUACUUGUGUUCACGUAUUGUAAAAAAAGUCUUAAUAAAAUUUUAUACACUAAA